GUCUUGUAUAGUUCGAUAUGCAUUUGACUAUUUUUCUGCAUAAAAAUCGAUAUAUCAAUAACAAAAGAAUCAAUAUUUUAAUCAAAUUGAAUCGAUGCCUUUAUCAAUGGAAAAAACUUUAAAUAACUGGACUAUUCAGUCAGCUGACACAUUAAUGAGAAAAUAAUACAUAAACUAUAGUCGGUAUAUAAACUAUAGUAAAUAUCGAUUUUUGAUCUGCCCUGCGAUUCUGUAAAAAUCCAGACCCGAAUUCGAAUUCACUCAUGUGUCCGAAUUCACGUCAUUUAGUGUAAAAAUUCUAUUGAUUCCAUUUUUUUUAUUUGAAAAUACAAAACAAAAUUGAUUGAAUACACGUGUCUCAGAUAUUCUAUUCCUAUAUCAUUUCGAAACUCACUUCACUUAUGCUUCGAAACGUUAUUACCAAUUCAAAGUUGAGCGUAUGCCUCUUUUUGAAGUCAAUUCGGACACCUGAGAGAAUUCGAAUUCGGGUUUGGAGUUUUACAGAAUCGCAGGGCUGUUCGCAUUGCGACGAUUUUGAGAUCGCUCUGCAAGGCACAAAUCGAUUCAAAAGAUGAAAUAUUGAGCUCAAAAACAUUGAUUGAAUCGAGAUCGUAAUACCUAGUAGACGUUUCACUAAAGUUUCACUGUCAAAUUGUGAUUUGUGGUCAAAACAAAACAGCUUGUCAAAACGAGUUUGUUGUUAUCUCAGGGGAAUUAUGAUUUAUAAAUAACAAUCAUUUUUAUCUUUUUUUUAUAAACAUUAAUAAAUCAUUAUAAUGUAUAUAUAAAUAAAAAAGUAUGGACAUAAAUAAUAUUCAAGAAAACACAUCAACGCCGAAGCGACGUAGACUUGGCACAAAACUGGUAUUGAGACCUAUAUUGAAAAUAAGCAAUAAGCAAAAUAUUUCACGUUCGAAUUUAAGCCCUAUUCAUCGCCAAAUUAUUACCACUAAAGUAAACUCAUUGGAACGCAGUGAAUCCCCACCGUUACCUUCGAAUCAAGAUGAAUUCUUACAUGUCUCUAGGAAGGAUAAUAAUUCUGUAUGUGAUAUUCCACGUUCACCUGUUAUCGAAAAUACACAAAAUAUUUCUAAUCCGUGGGAAUCUUUAUCGACUAGUGAUUUAGGAGAUAUUUGCUCUAGUAGAAUCACAAUGCAAAAAAUUGAUAAUGAAAUUACAGAUAUUUCAGACGAUAUGUUUCAUUCAAGAAUGGAACAGGAACAAAGUCAAAUAUGGAAACAAAAUAUAAAUCAUGAUAAAAAACAGGGCAGUAUAAUCCAGCAAAUACCCCCAGAUAAUCUUGACAAUUGUGAAACAAGUUUUGUUAGCGGACAGGCUAUAUUAGAUAUAAAUUUAGAUGCACAAACACAUCAUACACAUGACGAUUUGAAGUUCACAAUGGGCUGUGAAAAACUGUUUAUAGAAAAUGUUGAAGAGAGUUUUGAAUUAGUCAACCAGUCAAUUUGUGGAGUGGAGCCUGAUAAAAAAUUGGAUAAAACCUCAAUGUUUGAAACCAAAGAUUCUUUCUUAUUGGAUAUAAAGGAAAGUGGUAGUGUGGAAAAAAACAACAAUGAUUUCGAUAUAUUCCCUAAAUUAACCACACCCAUUAAAUGUAAUGAUAGUGAAAGAUUUUAUAAUCUACCAAUAACCACAAGGAGUCUCUUCAAAACAUUUAGGAACAUUGAGAAGUUUUAUGAUUGGCAAGAAGAAUGUUUGAAUUUACCAGCAAUUAGAGAGAGACGCAACUUGAUUUAUGCUUUACCAACUAGUGGUGGGAAAACUUUAGUAGCAGAAGUACUCAUGCUGCAGGAAGUAUUGAAUAGAAAGAAAAAUGCAUUAUUCAUACUGCCCUUUGUUGCCAUUGUACAGGAAAAGAUUUGGUCUUUAUCCCCAUUUGCAUUGAAUUUGGAUUUCCUUGUUGAGGAGUAUGCUGGUGGCAAAGGACUUAUUCCACCCAAAAGGAGGAGGAAAAAGAAAAGCAUUUAUAUAGCUACCAUUGAAAAAGCCUUGAGUUUAAUCAGGAGUCUCAUAGAAUUAGAUAGGCUUGAUGAGCUUGGCCUUAUUGUGGUGGAUGAAUUACAUUUGAUAGGAGAACAAGACAGAGGUGCAACUCUGGAAAUUUUACUAACAACAGUAUUAAUUGCUGAUAAAGGUAUUCAGAUUGUAGGCAUGAGUGCUACGAUAGACAAUAUGCCUCAGUUAGCUAAGUUUUUGUGCGCGGAUGUAUUCGAGAGACAAUUUCGGCCAGUUGAGUUGACAGAAUAUGUGAAGCUAGGAGACGUUUUGCAUAAGAUGCAGUGGACACCAAAGGGCUUGGAAAUCGUACCUGAUCGUCACCUAGCUUUUGACUAUUCACCGGCUGGGACGUCUCUGGACCCGGACUGGCUGGGCGGGCUGGUGGCCGAGGUGGUGCCGCAGGACUCCUGCCUCGUGUUUUGUCCCACCAAGAAGAACUGCGAGAACGUCGCUUUACUACUUAGUCAGCUGCAGAGGAGGGAAAUGAUAAUGCAUCGACAGGAGGAACGGGCAGCGUUGGAAAAUGCUUUGCGUUCAGAAGGCGCCAGCGCGGAACUGGUUCGUCUCGUUCGCUUCGGUGUAGCGUUCCACCACGCGGGACUCGGGAACGACGAGCGGACGCGGGACGCUGUCGGUGCUCUGCUGCACGUCGACGCUGGCGGCGGGCGUGAACCUGCCCGCGCGCCGCGUCAUCGUGCGCGCGCCGCGCGUGGGCCGCGCGCGCCUCACGCCCGCCGCCUACCGCCAGAUGGCGGGCCGCGCCGGCCGCGCCGGCAUCUGCCAAACAGGGGAGAGCAUAGUGAUGUGCUCGGCGGCGGAGUGGCGCUGGCUGCGCGGCGCGCUGGGCGGCGGCGCGGCGGCGGCGCGCUCCCGCCUGCGCCCGCGCGCGCCCGCGCUGCUGCUGGCCGCCGCCGCGCUGCGCCUGGCCGCGCCGUGCCGCGCGCCGCUGCGACAAGUGCUGGCGCGCACGCUGCUGGCCGCCAGGUCUGCUCGGCUCCUAUACUCGGUGUCGCUCUCCCGCCAGCUGUGUUAUGUAAACGACGCUCUAUCCGUUCCGUCAGCCCGGACGUGGAUCUGGACGAAGUGUGCGACGAGUCCCUGAGGUCCCUCGUCGAGUCGGGCGCGCUGGAAGCGGUCCACGGCGACGGGGACGCCGAGUUCGUCGUCACCGAACUGGGCGCGGCGGCGAAAAAGGCACCGCUGAGACCGUUGUUAACGCAUCGCUCCCGCGCCGCGAGUCGACCCGCGGCCGCGACCGCCGCCCGCGCACCCUCCUCGCGCCCCGCCGUUGACGCGCCACCCCGCGCCCGCUGCCUCACCGCCGCACCGGAGCGAGCAGCGAACGCGACCCGCUUCCGUUGUAUGGAGUUGAGUUCGGUGAAACAGUUGUUGUCCGAAUUGAACGUGGCGUCGCGUGGCCUCGUGCUGUUGGGCGACUUGCAUCUGCUGUACCUGGUCACCCCCGACACAGGGAUCAAACCAGACUACAGGCACUACUAUUCACUGUACAAUGAUCUGGACGAAGAAGGCGUUUAUGUCGCCAGGGCGGUGGGAAUCACGGAAAUGAACGCCAUCAAGAUGAUGACCGGGAAACCUAUAACGAACGUGCCCGAGUCGUCACUAUGCAGGUUCUACUGUGCGCUGAUGCUGCGCGACCUGCAGCGGCAGAUGCCCGUCUCAGCGGUCGCCGAGAAAGAUGAUGAGAAGACUCGACGUAGCUUACGAAACACUGUCCAGUCCGGCUGGAUCCUUCUUUUCGAAAUUGUUGCGACCUAG